AUUGACUACAAGCUCGGUGCAAUUUCGAUUGACUGCUUUUACAUUCUAGUUUGGCGUGUUUCUGAUUGACUGUAGCUGCUGAUCGUCCUUCUCAGAACCAGCUUCUCAUUGAGAGUAGCCAACUGUUGGGCCAACAGCCAGAUUUCCUAACACGAGUAGCGAUUGCUUGGCUUUUCUUGCCUUCCGCACUCCCUCUCCGUGCUUGCUCGCGUAGCUCUCGCCAGUUGUCCUUCCAAUGGGGCACGGCAGCGCCUCGAACCUAGAUCCAUCCAAGCCACCGAGCCUCGUCAUGGCUCGGCACGGGGUGUGGCUCGGCACGGCCUUCGGCUCGGAAACGGAACGUGACAAGGGGUCCAUCGUGGGCGGCGCUGCUCUCCGCAGCGCGUCUCGGGGCUGCCGCGUUCAGUGGGACCGCGGGCAACGCGUGCCGCACAGAGAGCUGGAGGUGGCGAAGCGCGAGUUGCGGCCGCUGCUGAACGCGCUGCGGUUCAUCGAGUCCAGCAACAGGCUCAACUGUCCGGACGGCGACGCGGGCAGCAGCAUCGGCCCGCUGCAGAUCUCGGAGGAGUAUCACCGCGACGCGUGGGGGCACCGCGCCGGCCGCUGGACGGCGUGUCGCGAGUUGGCGCACGCGGAGGACACGGUGGUGCGCUACUGGCUGCGCUACUGCCCGGGCGCCAUCCGCGCGCACGACUGGGAGCUGCUCGCCAAGUUCCACAAUGGCGGUCCGCGGGGAACGAAGCAGAGCAAGACGAACGCGUACUGGCACAAGGUGGUGCGCCACCUCUCCGCGCAGCAGUCGCUGGCGCUCUCCCCUGACGUCCCCCACAUUCCGCCGCAGCUUCCAGGCACCUUCCGCGCCGAGGGCCUUGCAGCGGAGGGCCCCGCAUGUCCCGCCGCUUCUGGCGCCGCCUCUGGUUUCAUAGCCCUAGCUGUAGAGCAGCAUAAGAGGCACGAGCAGGUUAAUGAAACGCUUGAUGCAGCGCAUCGGGGUCGGGUAGUCAACGAGUCCGAGCCGUGUAAGGGCGGGCACACCCAUGAGAGUAUUAAGCCCGGUCGUCGUCGCCCCCAGCACGCAGUGCGCCCAGUGCCGUGGCGCUCUCCCAGACCCGCUGGCGCCUCCCCCUCCCCCUCCCUUGCGUCCGCCGCCCAUGGCGCCGCCCUCGCUGCCAUCUCCGCUCUUCCGCCCCUUGACGGGAUAGCGGUGGAUGGCGAUGCUGACGUGGCAUUCGCUGCUGACAUAGUGUGCCAAGAACCGGAGUGUGCUCUGCCUCUCGCUUCCCCGGUUCGCGCCCCGCAUGGUGCUGCUGCCGCCGCCGCCCCUGCUGCUGCACCUGCACCUGUGCUUGAGCCCGCUCGUACGCGUGCACCCCAUGCGCAAUGCCCCGGUGGCAACAUGGGUUCCGGUGACAUGGAGUGUGCAGCAGCGAGCUCUCUGGCCGAGGCAAGGUCGGGUUCGGGGUGGCUGCUGUGGGACUCGGAUCUGACCUGGCCGGCGGAGCACCACGACGACUUCUUCACCCCUGCUGCCAGCCUAGACGUACAGGACGCGGGGAAGGAACACAGAGGUGCCAGCGCGGCUGCUGAUGUGGCAGAUAAGCUUGCCAAUUUGGACAUUGAAGGUUUGAUGCGCGGGUUGGGGAGAGGGGCAGGAGCAGCAGAUAGGCGGGCAGCAGCAAGCGAGGCUGCAGCUGCCGAGAGAAAGGCCGCGCCACUUCGGGCAGCCAAGUGCGGCAUGGAGGGCAGUGGGGAUUCGGUGAGUGCUUUGCAACAUUCCAGGUCAGCCGGUGUUGUUUCCAGCUCAGCAUCCGCAGGCUCCAGGUCAGCCAUAGGUGGCCGUCAUGGGUCUGAGAUGGCAUGUGAGGAGAGGAGGAGAGCGAGCAGGGAAGCACCCAGGGAUGCCAGCCGGAGGGUGGAGGAAUGGCUCAGACUGGUGGACGGUGGGAGAGCAAGAAGCAGCGAGGAAACAACGGAUGGCGUGAAUGGGAAGGUGCCGCCUAUGGCAGGGGCGUCGACGGGCAGCACGGUGCUGCAGCCGUUGCCCCCCACAGCUGCACUGCAUCGUGGCCACGUGCUGCGCUGCUCGUCCGUGCCACGAGCAGGAGUGCCGAUGCCAGCACGAGCUGCAAGAGCCGCGGGCGACGGCGCUUGGCAUGUGGGGGCAGUGCCGAGUGCUGCAGACAAGGUGGAGGCGUGGGUGCAUGGCCACGGUGGUGCUGCUGCAGUGCAACCUGCUCUCACAUGCUGACUGGUGACUCACAUGCUGACUGGUGACUCACAUGCUGACUGGUGACUCACAUGCUGACUGGUGACUCACCGACAACUGAUCACUGACUUGCUGACUGCUAACUGCUGUGCUACCUGAUUCACUGGCAUGGCGCAUUGGCUAACUGGACACAUGCGCAGUGACUACCACAUAGCAUAGGAACCGUUCUAGUGUCUGUCUGUAGGCUGACUCCUUGCUCAUAGCUGACACGCCCCGCUUUCAAACAGUCCUGCUCUUAAAUGAAGAACUAGAUGUCUGGCCUGUGUUUUAAUUGGUGUUCAAGUUUACUAUUAGCUACCUGU